CAAGAGUACACUUCAAACGGAACUCCAGUAGCAGUUUAGUUUGAGGCGCAAAUGCUUUAGUUCGAGAUCCACAAGGGAAUACAACUAGACAGAGAGAUUGUCCAAAUGUUGUCCAGCUUUUUGAACCAAAGAAAAUUCAAAGGAAUAAGUUAAUUUCAAAGAGAAAAUAACUUGAUCAAGCAAGCAAUAUCUGCAAAUACAAAAGAAGAAUCCAACUUGGAUCCUAUCAGGGAAUCUCCAUCCCAACUCAGAAAGAGACUGGGGAUGAUGGGAGAUAUGAAAAGCUUUAACCUAGAUCCUUCAGAAUUAAUGAAACACAAGUUGAAGUAUUAUUACACGGCUUACAACUAAUAAGAGUUUGAAGACUUACUAUAUGACAUUUGGAGAUAAUUCUCCCAACUAUGUUGGAGACUCUCUCCAUUGUCUGAACAAUGAAGCAACCUUACCUUGCUGGAGACGGAUAUCAGAGUUUAUCUUCAAAGCUGAACACAAACAAUUCAAAAAGAUAAUUGGAAAGUUUAGAAAAUAGAGAAAUUCAUGAAAUGAAAAACAACAUUAAAAGAUCCCAGCAGGUUUUCAAAUAAAAUUGUAAUGAAGAAUAGAAGGUUCGCCAGGCUAUUUCAAAAAGUAGUCAAACAUACAUAUUCUCAAGUUGGUAUUUCAAAUGAAAAAGAGAUUAGUGAUGAAAUGAGACAUAAAAUAUCUGAGAUUUUAAAGGAAUCUCUUAAUAUGAAAAUCCAAGAUGUUAAACGAAAAAUUAAAAACAAUAAAAGAAUUGCAGCUAUCAGAAGAAGGACAAGAAGACAAAAUUCUGAUAUUGAAGAUUCGAAAAGCGUUACAAGUGAAGAUCCUGAAGAUUAUAAGCAGUUAGCUGGUUUACAGCCAUUUUUCGAACAAAGUGAACUUCAGAACAUCCCAACUAUUAAAGAAUGAAUCAAGUUAGAAGAAGACAAUCAAAAUAGCAAUUACGAUUUCCAAAUAACUGAAAAAUCAUCGUCUUCAUCCUACACAUCAAGUUCGUCUAUAUCGUCUUUAGAAAAAAAAGAUGUGCAUCUUAGUAACAGAGAAUUGCUGUUGCAGUUAACAAGAAGGAGAAAACAAUCGCUCCCUAAGAAAUCAAGGUUCGUUUAGAAGGCAACAAACAAUGCUCAGAAGCGUUAACAGAAUUAGGAAGACUCCAAGUUUUAUUAAAAACAAAAAUACCCCUGGUAUCAAAGAAUUAGAUGGAUUUGAUAGUUCAAGAAAUGUUCUGAGAAAAUCAAGCAACCAAACCUCUUCGUCCAAAAAAUACUUGAAAUUGUUUAUAAAAUUGAGGUUGAUUUACUGAAAAUCUUCCUAGCUAU